AUGGAGGUGAUGAAUUCCAGGAUAAUAAUAUAUUCAUGUUUAAUUUUCGGAUUCGGAAUUUUAUGUGACGGAAAACAUGAGAGACGACAAGCUGUACCAUUUUGCUCAGAAAACUCUGAGGAUAAUUUUUAUUGUUCAAAUGGACUGUGCAUCGAAAUGUCAUGGGUUUGUGAUGGCCGUAAGGAUUGUUCAGAUGGUUCAGACGAGAUCAAAGAGUUGUGUGCUCGAUACGAGUAUAGAACAAAUAUGUCAGACUGCGGUAAAGUAAAUAUAAACAACCCAGUAUUAUUGGAAGGAGGUAAGAAUAAAGCAACAGUUGAAACAGCACCUUGGUUUGUCGCAAUAUUUCAAUUAUUUGAUAUGGAAUAUCAAUUUAUAUGUGUAGGAUCAAUUAUUGCUCCUCAUUUAGUCAUUUCUGUGGCUAAACCUUUUUGGAAAAAAGGUAUGUUAACUAAACAGAUAUCAAUAACUGAUGGUCUAUACAAAAUUGCUGUUGGGAAAUGUGAUAAAAAUUUUAAUGUUAUUGACAAUGUCUUAACUCAAAUAAUGGAUGUACACAUGAUAUACGUGCCUAAUGGUUAUAAUAAAAAUGAAAAUGGGCUCCAUAAUGACGAUAUAUCUGUUCUUGUAUUAGCAAAUAAAGUUUCGUUUAGUAAUGGUAUUACACCUGUUUGUAUCGACUGGAAUAGUAAAUAUAAUACACAGGAUGGGGAUCAAGGACAAAUUUUUAAUUGGGGAGAUACGAACAAUGGAUCAGAGAGUUCUGUAUUAUUAGAAAGAUUUUUUCCGUACAUCAACCCUAGUACUUGUCGACAAUUUUAUCAUCGAAAAAGAACUGCAGCAUUUGUGACUUACGAUAAGUUUUGUGCCGGUCCGAUAUCGAAAUCAGAAGAUAUUAAUGAUAUUACCGGAGCAGGUAUAAGCUUUUUACAUGGUAGUUCAUAUUUUUUAACAGGGGUACUGGGUCUUGUUCAUAUAGACACGUACUAUAAAGUCCCAGCUUUUACAGACAUUAAGUACCAUGUUCCAUGGAUUCGUGGGAUCUCAAAUAAACACAUCAUACUGAAUUCAUGUGUUUUACCAACUGUCGAAGGAGUUGUAUAUUCUUAUAAAGGUUCUAAUGACAUUUUAUCUCACGGAACAUUAAUUAAUCGCCAUCGAACUGUUAUUGAGAAUUGUGAACUUGGAUAUCAUAAGGCUUAUCCCAAUGGUUUUAGGUUAUGCCUGGGAAAAGGAAAUUGGUUAUCGAAUUAUGACAAAUUGUGUUUCAAAAUGUGUCCACCUCUUGAAGCAGAUAGUUUAGAUAUUAAAUUUAGUCAUAAUAGUGACUAUACUAAUUGUUCAAAUCUAUCGAUACCUGGUACAAUAGCAAUCCCAUCAUGUAAGCCAACAUAUGCUGCACCAAAUGGUCAAGAAGAGACUCCGCUUGAAUUACGUUGUCAGUCUAAUGGGUUGUGGAACAAACAACUAUAUAGAUGCAAACCAAUGUAA